CCUCCCUCUGCGCCUGUGCCGAGCUCCAGAUGCGCCUACUUUAGGGGAGAAGGAUGCCCGGGUUGGGCUCCCGGGCCUGCCGGCCGAGGGGAGGCCCGCACUGCACACGCGCAGACGGAGCACACGCGUCAAACGGAGCGAGCGCUCCCCGCGUCCUGCGCAGCCGGCUGCCAGGCGUUCGUCUGUGCCGUGACUCCCACCGGGCGGGACUGGGGCGCCCACGUCCGAGCAGCGAUGCCCCGGGAGAUCAUCACCCUGCAGCUGGGCCAGUGCGGCAACCAGAUUGGGUUCGAGUUCUGGAAACAACUGUGCGCUGAGCAUGGCAUCAGCCCCGAGGGUAUCGUCGAGGAGUUCGCCACCGAGGGCACUGACCGCAAGGACGUCUUUUUCUACCAGGCAGACGAUGAGCACUACAUCCCCAGGGCCGUGCUGCUGGACCUGGAGCCCCGGGUGAUCCACUCCAUCCUCAACUCCCCCUAUGCCAAGCUCUACAACCCCGAGAACAUCUACCUGUCAGAGCACGGAGGAGGAGCCGGGAACAACUGGGCCUGUGGAUUCUCCCAGGGAGAGAAAAUUCAUGAAGACAUUUUUGACAUCAUAGACCGAGAAGCGGAUGGAAGUGACAGCCUAGAGGGCUUCGUGCUGUGUCACUCCAUCGCUGGGGGGACAGGCUCUGGCCUGGGCUCCUACCUCCUGGAGCGACUGAAUGACCGGUACCCCAAGAAGCUGGUCCAGACCUACUCGGUGUUUCCCAAUCUGGAUGAGAUGAGCGAUGUGGUGGUCCAGCCCUACAACUCACUGCUCACGCUCAAGAGGCUGACCCAGAACGCGGACUGUGUGGUGGUGCUGGACAACACGGCCCUGAACAGGAUCGCCACAGACCGCCUGCACAUCCAGAACCCGUCCUUCUCGCAGAUCAACCAGCUGGUGUCCACCAUCAUGUCGGCCAGCACCACCACCCUGCGCUACCCCGGCUACAUGAACAACGACCUCAUCGGCCUCAUCGCCUCACUCAUCCCCACGCCGCGCCUCCACUUCCUCAUGACCGGCUACACGCCCCUCACCACGGACCAGUCGGUGGCCAGCGUGCGGAAGACCACGGUCCUGGACGUCAUGAGGCGGCUACUGCAGCCCAAGAACGUGAUGGUGUCCACGGGCCGGGACCGCCAGACCAACCACUGCUACAUCGCCAUCCUCAACAUCAUCCAGGGCGAGGUGGACCCCACCCAGGUCCACAAGAGCCUGCAGAGGAUCCGGGAAAGGAAGCUGGCCAACUUCAUCCCCUGGGGCCCCGCCAGCAUCCAGGUGGCCCUGUCCAGGAAGUCUCCAUACCUGCCGUCGGCCCAUCGGGUCAGUGGGCUCAUGAUGGCCAACCACACCAGCAUCUCCUCGCUCUUCGAAAGCUCCUGCCAGCAGUAUGACAAACUGCGGAAGCGGGAGGCCUUCCUGAAGCAGUUCCGCAAGGAGGACAUCUUCAAGGAGAACUUCGACGAGCUGGACAGGUCCCGGGAAGUGGUGCAGGAGCUCAUUGAUGAGUAUCACGCAGCCACGCGGCCGGAUUACAUCUCCUGGGGCACGCAGGGGCAGUGACUCCCCCCAUCCCCCACAAGCCCUGCUAGACAGGAAGCACAGCCACUUCAUGCCUGUUCCUCUCACUCAGAUUCUCCGCCCCAGUCACCUCUUUGGCCUCGGCUCCAGCCCAGGUCCUGCGCUUGCUUCGUCCCUCCCAUGCCUUGCCUGGGAUAUGCUUGUGUAGCUCUAAUAAAUGUUAAACAAAAUACAAAAACUUUCCAUUGUGAA